UAAGUUGAUAACCUAUAUUCUUUUGUUCAAUGUAUAUUCGUUUAAAACUUGAAGUUAACCACUGUAUUUUUUUGCAGAUGCCAGUGACGGCGUUCCGUGAAGUUACGAUUUUAAAAUAUUUAAAGCAUGAAAAUAUCGUUCGCCUCAUCGAGGUGGUUAGAUCACCUCCCAUGCCAGGCAAUAAUAAUAAGAGCAUUCAUCGAUGCUUUUAUUUAGCAUUGGAGUAUUGCGAGCACGAUUUAGCUGGCUUGCUAAGCGCCAAGCAUGUACGAUUUCAAGUUGGAGACAUAAAGAAAGUGCUCUACCAACUGCUUGACGGGGUACAUUAUUUGCAUGUAAACAAGCUUAUGCAUCGGGACCUAAAACCGGCGAACAUACUUAUCAAUAAAAAAGGAGUUCUGAAGAUCACCGAUUUUGGUCUAGCUCGGCCUUACAGGGUAAAGGAUAACGGUGAGCCAAAUACAUACACCAAUCGAGUGGUCACAUUAUGGUACCGGCCGCCGGAACUUCUACUCGGUGAGAGGAAUUACGGACCAGAAAUAGAUAUGUGGAGCAUUGGUUGCAUAUUGGCAGAAAUGUGGACAAGAACACCGAUUCUCCCAGGCAAAUCAGAACAGGCGCAGCUUAACUUCAUCAGUUACCUCUGCGGAGCAAUCACUCCUGUGGUCUGGCCUGGAGUCAGUAAUCUGCCACUUUAUGACAGCAUAGAAUUGUCAAAAAUUCACAGAAGAAGGGUUGUCGAACGUUUACAACCCUACAUAAAGGAUCGCUACGCCUGCGACAUGCUAGACAAGUUGUUGGUUCUAGAUCCAAAAAAACGCAUCGACGCCAAUGAAGCUCUGGACCACGACUUCUUCUGGAGAGGUGAAGAGCUCUCCGAUUUGAAGUUGCUGAUGUCCAAGUUUAACCAGAGCUUGUUUCAGUGGACGGCACUGCAGCGUCAUCAGAUACUUCAAAAGGCCCAGCUGACUGCAGUGCCUAAAAAGGAUUGCUACGAAGAACGAAUUUAUUGAAGCGCUUAUUAGAAAGCAUUUCGUAGCACGGGAGAACAGUUAUAAAAUUUGAUUUUUGCUCCAAUUUUUAGGUAAGCUUUCACUCCCCUUGAUCAUUUAUUAUUCUAAUAUUUGUUAUUUUAUUUGUUGCAACACUGCCAUUCGAGUCUUAGACGUGAUCAUCCAGAGUGAACAGGUGGGUACCCGCCACUACUACACAACGCGUCUUCACCCAGUUAAAAAAAAACUUGUGUUUUUAGUAUAUGUUAUUAACAUAUACUAGAAACACAUGAUUUUAACAUAUGUUUUUGUAUUUUUUAUUAAUUAUAAAAUUAUGUAUUUGCUUUAUAAUUUGAAAUAUAGAAUACAUUAUAUCGUCGCUCCCUACAAAGAAUAGCACUGUUCAAAUUUCCCGUCAUAAGUAGCACAACUCAUUUCACGCACGCUAGACUAGCACUACUCA